GCCACAUGCCCCAUCCACCAGCCCUCCAGAAAACUGGUCGUAAUCGUAAUCGCAAUCGACAGCAGUCAGAGCCUCUUAGCGGCAAUGUAACAGGUUGGGCGAACGGGUUAUGCUUGUGCAGUGGGCGGAAUUUUGGCGGUAAUUACACUGAGAAUAAUUACAGCAGAAGCAGCAUGCAUCUAAUCACACCUGAGAGCAAGUCCCAUGAGGCUAGCUCUUCUAAUAAAGUUUCAGCAAUAAUUCAAAAAUAUGUCAUGAAUAUUAUCCUUCUUCAAAAAUUAAGUAAGCAGCUUAUUCACAAUAUAUUAAUUGAGUUAAGACGGUGGAUUGUACAAAUUAUGGAACUAUUUCCUAUGAAAUACAAUACCAAGAUAGCAGUGCAUUGCUUUCUAUCGAAAUUGGGAGUGAAGAGCUGGAAAUAGAGUUUGUAUUUUUAGGGGAAUCCUUAGCCAAAACAUGGGUGGUCAAAGGAUUUCCAGCCCCAAGUUGCCACGCCCGUGGGGAGUUUGCUAUGCCACUGCAGUGUUAGACUGCAAAAGAGGCCAUUGAACUGCAUUCGCUAGCUUUCGAUUUAGUGGUAUAAAUACCAGUUGCAGCCCAGAGCAUCCACAACAGAUCCAAGAUGUUUGGCCAGAACAACGGUGCAGUUGCUCAUGGCCUUCGGCUCCAGCCGCUGCUAAUCGCAGCCAUGCUCACCGCCUCGGUGGCACUGGCCACGCCGGGUGGCAGUGGUCACCAGUUGCUGCCCCCCGGGAACCACAAGCUCUGCGGUCCCGCACUGUCCGAUGCCAUGGAUGUGGUGUGUCCACAUGGUUUUAAUACGCUGCCAAGGAAACGUGAAAGCCUGCUGGCCAACAACAAUGACGUGCAGUUGGAGGUGGAGGCGGAGAUGGAGGAUGAUGGCAUGUGGCAAACGCUGGACGGGGCUGGCUACUCCUUCAGUCCGCUGCUGACCCAACUGUACGGAUCCGAGGUCCUGAUCAAGACGCGUCGCCACAGGAGACACCUGACCGGUGGCGUCUACGACGAGUGCUGUGUCAAGUCCUGUAGCUACGAGGAGUUAGCCACCUACUGUCUACCGAAAUAGGACACUUGGCCCACCAACACCCAACACUCAUUACCCAGCAUGCAUAAACAUACACAUACGUACACUUGAACAUGGCAUUUUCCCACAUACUCCCACAUACUCGUAUAUGUAAACCCGUACCCCAACAGCAUUCGUAAUCCAAUUCGUAAUCACUUAUUUAUGCAGCACCAACUUUGACUAAUGAAUAAAAGUAGACAGUGCAAAAA